AUGGAUGAAGCAGAUGGAAUUAUUUUAAUCACUCUUAAAGAUUUAGGAUGUGAAAUAGAAGAAAAUGAAACUAUUAAAGAUUUUGAUUCAGAAAUGGUUUAUAAAUGUAUUUUAAGUUAUUUAAAGGUUAUCAACGAAAAUAAAGUACAAAAUUUAACAUCAACUUUACCAAAGAAUAUGUCAGCAAGAGUUAAUUCAUGCAGUUUAAUCGCAAAUAUUAUUAAAGAUUUAGGAUAUAGAGCAGAGUUAUCUUAUCAUAAUUUAUUAUACCCAAAUGUAAAUGAUAUUAGAAGAAUAUUUAUAUUUUUAGGUCAAUCAUUACCAAAAAAAGAAAUUGAAACUGCUAGUAAAACAAUGAAAUUAGAGGAUCAAAUUUGUCAAUAUUUACAAGGUUGUGUCAAAGAGAGUUGGAUGCCAUAUUUUUGUCCAUUUUCAAAACGUAUUCCAGGUAAUUAUUCAACCGCUAAACUUUUUACAGCAAAUUCAUUAAAGAUUCCAUCACGUGGUCGUUCAGUUAAAACAGUACCAGGUUUAGAGCAAUAUUAUAUAAACAAUUUAGAACCAUUAACAUUACAAACCAAUCGUAGUGAAGAUAUUGCACCAUCUGUAUUUGAAUACAAUUUAUCAAUUUAUGCUGAAGCACAAGAACGUGAAAAUGAAUGGAAUAACAAAGGUUCAUCAUCAGGUUUAAACCCAAUCGAUUAUAGAAAGAGCAAAAUGAAACAAGUUUUAUCAAGAAUGAAUGAUUCAAUUAGAGCAUCAAAUAUAGAGGGUGGCUCAUCAGCAUCAUUCGGCAAUGACUCAUUACAAGAUCUCAUUGGUGAGUUCCGUGGUGGUUUUUCAGAUGUUGGUGGUCAAUUUAGCAGAAAGAAACUCUUCACCAACGAACAAAUAGAGGCUACAUCAAUUCAAAGUUCAAAUCAAGUUGCAGCUGAAGUCGAAACCGAAGAGCAAAGACAAAUGAAACGUCAACAAGAAAUUGACGAACUCCAAUCACAAAUCGACCAAAUCUCUGAACAAAUUCAACAAUAUCAAAGAGAAAUGCAAGAUUUUGUAUCAUUAAUGCGUCAAGCAGAGUCUGAAAACAUCGAACAAGAUACUCAAAGAGAAGGUUUGGAAAAACAAUAUAAAAUUAAAAAGAAGACAUUCGCUUUAUUGGAUGAUGCUGAAGGAAAUAUGAAGGAGCUUCAAGGUCUUUGUAAUCAAACUUCUGCCAAUCUUUUAGAGAUGUCAGCUGAAUGGGAGAAAGUUCGUCGUCCAAUCAUUGAAAAAUACCGUUCACUUAAAGAUAAACAAAUGAAUCAAGCAGAUGAAGCUAAAUCUAAAUUGGAUCGUAUUAAAGAAAUGCGUCAGCUUAUCAAAAAGUUGGUCCAAGAGGUUCAACAAAAAGAAGAGCAAUUCCAACAACUUCAAGAAGCUUAUAAAAAUGCACCAAAAGAUUCAAAUCGUUCCAUUUACACUCGUCGUAUUUUAGAAACUGUUAAAAAUAUUAAAAAACAAAAAGUCGAUAUCGAUAAGGUUUUAUUGGACACCAAAAAUCUUCAAAAAGAAAUCAACACCGUUACAGAUACUGCCGUCAGAACAUUCGAGCUUGUCAAAGACCUCCUUUAUAAUGAUGCUAAAAAAGACGUUACUGCUAAACAAGCCAUUAAGUCUUUUGCUAUUAUUGAUGAUAAAUUCCAAAAACUCUUUAAAACCAUCGAUGACACUGGUAGCUUCCAAAAUAAUAUUUUAACAUUACAUUCUAAAAUUGAACAUAUCACCCAAAAAACAAAUACAUUAAAUUCAGAUCGUGUUGUCAAAGAUUUAUCAAACAUCAAAGCUGAAAAUCAAAAUCUUAUUAAACAAAUUAGAGUAUUAAUGGAAACUUCAAAUUAA